CCCCGCCCACCCGCCGGGGCUCGCGCUGAGCCGCGUCGGGAUGAGCCGCGCUUCCCCAUGGAGACCAAACGGGCCGAGAUCCCCAGCAGCGUCCUGGACGACCUGUGCAGCCGAUUUAUUUUGCACAUUCCAAGUGAAGAGAGAGACAAUGCAAUCAGAGUGUGUUUUCAGAUUGAACUUGCCCAUUGGUUUUACUUGGAUUUCUACAUGCAAAACACACCAGGAUUACCUCAGUGUGGGAUAAGAGAUUUUGCUAAAGCUGUCUUCAAUCACUGCCCUUUUUUACUGCCUCAAGGUGAAGAUGUACAAAAGGUUUUAGAUGAGUGGAAAGAAUAUAAAAUGGGAGUGCCAACCUAUGGUGCAAUUAUUCUUGAUGAGACACUUGAAAAUGUUCUUUUGGUUCAGGGCUAUUUAGCAAAGUCUGGUUGGGGAUUUCCAAAAGGAAAGGUAAAUAAGGAAGAGGCUCCUCAUGACUGUGCUGCUAGAGAGGUGUUUGAAGAAACUGGGUUUGACAUAAAAGAUUAUAUCUGCAAAGAAGAAUACAUUGAGUUGCGAAUUAAUGAUCAGUUAGCACGGCUGUACAUCAUUCCAGGAGUUCCCAAGAACACGAAAUUCAACCCCAAAACGAGAAGGGAAAUUCGGAAUAUUGAGUGGUUUUCCAUUGACAAAUUACCAUGCCACAAAAAUGACAUGACCCCAAAGUCCAAGCUGGGUUUGGCACCUAACAAGUUUUUUAUGGCAAUUCCCUUCAUCAGGCCACUGAGGGAAUGGAUUUCCCAAAGGAAUGGAGGAGAUUCUUCAGAUAGCGAGAAUGGAUUUUCAUCUACAGGCAGCACACCUUCUAAGCCCAACUUGGAAAAAGCUAGAUCCAAAACUCGCUGCAGUCAGCAGGUGCUUACAGAUGGCUCUUCAGCAGAACAGUGUGUGAAGCCAAAACAGCCACAGAAACCAUGUAAUCAUUCUGAGACGUCUGAAGUUUUGAAAAUGAAGAGUCAGAGCUUCAAGAGCAAUGGCAGAAAGCAGCAUCAAGAAACUUCCAGCCAAAAGAAGCGAACAAAUGGAAUCCAGAGUCAACCAGUUAAGCAAAACCAUGCCUUGAAAUGUGAAAAAAAGCCUAAUACAAGAAGACUUCAAGAUAACUUUGAAACAGAUGCAGCGUAUGAGACGUGUUGCCCCAGUGAAGACCCACCACCAGAACACACAGAGGGACAUUCUGUGGCAUGCAAUGGCCAUUACAAAUUUGCUUUCUCAUCGAGAGCUUUCUUGAGUUUCAAGUUUGACCAUGAUGCCAUAAUGAAAAGUUUUGACCUCUGACAGCAAACCUAUUAGGAACAAAAAUCAGAUUUGCCUGUUGCAAUUGAGGGGUUUUUUUAUCCAGCCUUACUCUUUCUCAGGAGUUAAUUUUUUUGUUUUGUUUUGUUUGUUUGUUUUAAAAUGCAGUGCAGGGACUGACUGGUAGUUUGGAAGGGUUCGAUCUCUUUGUGGUAUGGGAGUGGCAUAGUCAAGUGUUGCACUUUAAAUGCAGUAUAGCCUUCAUCCACAAAAGUACCUUUCCAGUGUUCAGUUCACUUGUUCCUAGCUGUGCAUUACAGGGCAUUCUUUUUCCUUUGUUUGGUUUUAUUUUUUUAACUUGCUGUGUGUUUUGUAGAACGUCAUUGAUGAUUUUUCAACUGUUGGAGUAUGCCAGCUUGCUAAACUUUGCUUUGGUGUAAGUUAUUGGACUUGUUAGUCAUUAUUGUGUUGUACAUUGCAAUAUUAUGCCAGUGGCAAUGAAACAGAUUCUCAGAGGACUCCUCUGUCUGUCCUAGUAAUUUUGAAACCGAGUUGCACAUUUCAAACUUAGCCUCAGCCUGUCAUCCUUUCUCUUUCUUGGUUUCUUUCCCAAAAUAUCUUCCUGUUUUCCCUCCUUCACACUAGUGAUGGUUUCUAUUGGCUGGUGAUCAGUACUACUCGGGAGUCAAAUCUAUUGCAUUUUGACUUCUUGUACCUACUCUGCCUCUGUCUCCAGUGAGGAUACACAACCUGGGUAGAACAUAGCCAUUCAGAGUGUCUAGCUUCAACUCUUAAGCACUGUCCCCAGCUGAGUAAGGAGAAGUUGCAAAGGUUUGUGUUAUUCCAGUUGCAGCUGCUUUUGAAAAAUAAAAGCUUAAACCUUGUUAGAGGUUACUUGUCUAGAAUUUGUCCUGAAUGUAAUUAAGCCUCUUGUAGAUCUUGCUGAGGAGGAAGACAGGUGCAUCGAUAACAGAGUCAUUGUGUGACACUAAAUGGCUUAAUUGGGCUUGCAAUAACUAUUCUAAGGGUGUCCAGUAUUGUAUUCUGUGCUGUUGUCCUCUGAUCUCUUGUGUAGUGUAUGCUCUGUAUAUAUCCGGUAGUAAUGAAUUGCACUUGCAGUUAGCAUUUAAGUGAUGUAGCCUCAGUUGUUUUCAGCUACAACACUUUCUUAGUGAAAAUACAAAAGUUUGGGGUGGGGGAGAGGGUAACUAGCAAAAUACCAGUAAGAGUUGAGGUGACAAACUAUUAACUGUUAAAUUAUCUUCAUCAUUCAAGUAAAAGGGUUUUGAACGUGUGCUUUGCAGGUGAGAGAAAUGCACUUGAACUCACUUGUCAUAGCAGCUUGUGGUAGCAAUCAUGUCCCAGAUCCAUAAAUGGACUUUUCUCCAAAGUAAAGGUAAUUGGUAACUUCGUAGAUUGAAUGAAAUACGCUCUUGUCCCAUCACAGUGUAUAUUCAUGCACUGAGUCUUUAUGCAACUCAUGUGUCAUCCAAAAACAAAAUCCUGGUCUUCCUUCCACUACCCUACUGAAUCUACCCUACCUGAUCUCCUACCUAGUAUUUUUCCUCAGAAGUAGCUUUAGAACUCUCUCUCCUGGUUUCUUUACAUUCCUGACACCAAGUGAUUGGGACUUGAAUGCUUUAAGAAUCUUGGCGAUACAAAGUGCUGGACUUCUGUAUCAGUCAACAGGAGAAACAGACUGCAGCAUUUCCUCCGUCUGGAGAACAAGAGUCCUGAGGACCUUGUCUUUCAAGACCAAAUUGCAAAAUAGCUCAAUCUAGCUUUGUCUCACUUUGUUUUAAAAAAAAAAAAAAAAAAUUAAAAAAAAAAGUAUCCAAAGUCUGUUCAAAACAGUAAAUGGCAAAGGACAGUAAUAGAGAAGGUGUGGUAAUGCUGGAAGAGGUUAUGUUAUUCAGCUUCAGGUGAAAACUAAUCUUUAGUUACUUCUUCAGUGCAAGUAGUUGAUUUCCCAGCAAAAGUGCCUUUACUCAUGGUGAGGCAGAAGUUUGUGUUUGUAUCCUGAGGCUGCUACUGCCUGUGGAGCUAACAAGGCUCUCCUAAGGCAUGGUUAAAUAUAAGGCUGUGGAAAUCUUCAAUAAAUAAGUUGACUUUUCAGAUGAAUUAGUUAUAUUUCAUCUAGUGCUCUAUGAGUUUAGGGGGAUGUCGAUGAAACAGUGAACUCGAAGCUUCUGGCAGCUGUUUGGGAAAUCACGUCACAGACAGUGGAAGUCUUUAGAAUGAAGCAAGCGUGUCCUAUGAACAGGAGAUGCUGGCUGCCUUCUGUAUUCACUGGGUCAUUUUCCUUAGUGAAAACUUAGUUCAGUGUAAGAGAAAUGGGGUGCUUCAUUAAGUAGCCCAAAGCGGAGCUUGUACAUAUGUCAUGAUUUUAGUAAAUCUAGCCUUAAUGUGAGUUGCAAAUAAAUGUGAUAAAUAUGCAAUAACUUCUUUGUAUAAGGGUACUGUUGUAGUAGCAUUGCUUUCUGCUUUCUCAGUAACUUUCUAAAUUAACCUAAGUGUGGUGGCAUGUGAUCUACCUUAGGGGUUCCACAUGCCCUGCACUGUGAACAUUUAAAAUUGUUUACUCUUAUUUGUUUAUGUUUUUGUUUCACUGUCAUUUUAUAAUUAAGUAUGUUUUUAAGUUUAGAAGUACAGUUUACAUUAGCUUCUCUAACACACAGUGAAGAAAUGGCAAGUGAGAUAUAGAGUUUAGUUCCGUGAGUUUUUAUUUUGUGGGAACUAGACACAGAGAAAUGUGUCAAAUGUUUGCAUGUCAGAUUUGAGAGCUGAUGUCAAGAUACUUGAAAAACAAACAUUGCUCAUUUUAUGCUUAGCACUAAAGUAAGAAUGCUUGCUUUUAAGGAGUUAUUCAGAUUGUGAAUGGUCAUUUAACGUUCUUGAAAUGAAAGAACUCGUAGAACAAGCAAACAGCUAACAAAAAACCCUACCAAUGUGUCGGUGCUGGGAAUCUAUUGCUGUUUUGCAGUUUCUAGUACUAUAUAAACUCCCUGCUUUAGUAUGAGAUUUUUAGCAUCUCUCUUCACAGAAUGCUCUAAAGUUUUAACUCGCACUGAAGAGUGAUCUGCCUGAUUGAAUGAUGUAUGUUCUGUGCUGAAAUGAUAUUAACUUCAACUCCUUGAUGUACAUGCAUGCUUUUGAAAGUAGCUGUGUCUUACGUAGUUUGAAGUCUGGAAACAGUGGUACUGGGAAGAAGAGGGGAAAUAGCUUUAUUUAUUGCACAAUCAAAGUAUUUUUUUAACACAGUGUAAAUUUUUUAGACCAAACUUGCGUAAAUAGUUUCUAAUAAAAUUUUGAGCCUAGUCUCUGUUCCAGGCUUCUGUGCUGCGCUCCAACUUUCCUGAUUUAAUUUGAUGAAUUGAGAACAAUAUUUGUGAUGUUUUUCCUUCAUCUACCUGUGACUUGUAAAUGUUAACAGUUCCUUUCGAAAACAAGGCAGGCUUUGAGUCUGGCUGUUCCUUACAGAAUUGCUCUCAGAUUGUCAUUUCGGAUGAGAAAUUCUUUUUUUUCCCAACUUUUUAUUUACUGUAGCAUAGAGUUGCUUUUGUUGAUUUGUAGUUUCAUAGUAGCACUCGAGUCAUUCUGGUGCAAAGAGCAAGAGUCUACAUUAAGAAUCCAAGCUCUGAUAUCCUGUGGUGCAGGACAGCACUGCUGCUCCAUGGGUCACUGGCUGUCCAGUUGUCGGGUCAGCGGGCUGUUAAAUCCUCAGCUAUCUCCUUUUUAUGAAUUCUGAGCAACUGAGUUAAAGUAAGGUGCCUUCGUCUUUCAGAUUAGGAGGUUACACUCUUAAAUGCGUAGGGAAGCACAAAACUACUGAGAACUGGGAGAAUAGCCUCUCUUGUUGAUUUUAAAAUGAAGUGUGUUGGCAGAAAUUGUCCUGCACUGUAAACGUUAAAUAAUCUGGUGCUUAUAUGUGACUUCAUAAUUUCAGAUUCCUUUUCUAAUUAUAAUAUUUCAGCUUUUGAAGCAAACAAAAUUAUUUAAGGCAUGGGAAAAUUCUACGAACUAACUGAAGGUGCUUUUACAGUAAAUUAGGCUUGGAAACGUCACUACUCUUGCAUAGUAGGCUUUUGUUCUUAUGUGUUUAGAGCAGUAGUGUAGUUCAAGAAUGAAAGUAGGCUAAAUGCUAGUAUUUGCACUGUUCUUAAUCCUGUACAUAAGCACUGAUAGAUGCAGUAGGAUUUGUGCUGUGUGUUCCUUUCACUGUUUCGAGUAGAUUGUGAACUUGCAAGGAAGACAACACAUGUAGCGAUUACAUUUGCCAUAUUAAAGAUUAUACAAAAGGAAAUAUUCUGGUUUAGUAGUAGUAUAUUGAAGUUAAAUGCUUGGGUUUUAACUUGUCUUUUAAUUGAAAAUGUUUGGUUAAACUGGACUAUCUUAUAGAGAUUCAACGUUACAGAAACCCAUUAUCUUUAAAUUUUUCUCAGCUCUGGGAUACUUCUGGGAAGGAAGUAAAACUACCUUCAAUUUGUACUUCAAAACAUGCAGGAAAAAGAAGAAAGUUUGCUUUUAGCUUUUCACUCUGGGAAUAGUGUCACGCCAUCUCUCUCGACCUUGGAGAAAGUGUUUGUGGUACCUUUAAGCGAACCUGUUCAACAACAGGAUUGACAAGUUUCUUCUCUCUGGAUCAGAAGAAAAGAAAGGAGGUUUUUAACUACCGUUAAAAACAGAAAUACCAUUUCAGCUUGCAAUCGCAUGAAAGGUGGUCGAGUUUCUACCUGUGCUGGGUUGACGGGCUGAAAAUGCUUUCCUUAAUACUACUUGGCUAAAACAAGAGGUAUUGCUUAUAUUUCCAAAGACUGAAUUUUAUAACAUUCACCAUUUUAGAAUGUAUGAUCAGAGGUGUGGCAGACAAAAGAAAAAACAAACUUCUCUGGUGGAUCAUGGUUUUUUUAUGUACCACUAAGAAAAGAGCAACCACAAAAAGUAUUGAAGAGAGAGGGUGGGCAUUGGCUUCUGAGGUACACUUUUUUUCUUCCAAAUAAGCCAUAGUAGUGAGGCUUAAAAUGCUGAUAUCGUUGCCAGUACUGAAAAUACUUAAGUUACCAGUUAUCAACCAAAAACUAAUCUCAUGAAGCAAUCCCAAAUGGGAUUAAGGUACCUUAUAAUACUUUUACAUUAGAAAUAUCUCCAGGAGGAAAGAAAAGGUGAACAAGGCAGUCCUGGGGAGGAGUGAGCAUUACACCUUGGGCUUUGAGAUGGCUUUAUAAAGCAUUUAUCAGCUCAGAGGAGCACGAGGCAGCUGCUUCUGCCAAGGGAGGUCCUUGCGGCAGAGCCGGUGGCUGCCCACAGCCCUCUGCUAUAGGGACAUGGGACUGUCCCACCUCUUGUGCAAAAGUGAUGAUGUGGAGACCCAGAAGCCCUUCUCUGCGGACCGUCCUCAUGGUACAGGCAGCCCAGAUUUGGGGAAAAAAAAAAGAACCAGAGUAAGAAUUACAUGGAGCUGGGCAAAACCUGGACAAAGGUUGUGCAAGGUCAAACCUUACGCUUGGGAACUUCGCAUUCAUGGUGACACUUACCCAUGCUUUGCUACCAAGAGCUGCUUUGCAAUGAAUUGUUUUUCCCUCUUGUUUUUGUUGCAGUGCUGCUGAGUGGGUGGAUUUCAUCCCAACACCACCAGUGUCUCCCACAUAAGCCCACUGACCCCCAGGGGAAUGAGUACCCUAAAUCUCCUCUGGUUUUGCACAGACCACAGGGGUGGUCCUCGAAUCCCAGCUGAGCAUCCUGCAGUUCCAAGGCUUGCCUGGCAAGGGCAGCAGCUCAUAAGGAGAGAGAGGGACAGCACAUGUGGCACGUAUCACCCUGCCCAAAUCCGGCACAGAAGGGCUUUCACACAGCCAGCCGGGGAAAUAUUCCAAGUUAGCAGUUCAUACCAACGCGCUGCAGACGCUGGUUUACUGGCAAAACUAAAAAGGACUAAAGAGGCCUUGUUGAUGAAGAAUCAUCAGUAUUCUUUAUGUGUUCUUUCAUUGAAGUAACUCAGUUUUCAGACUACUCAAUCUUUUUCCCUAGUGGUUAAAAGCUCCCAGAUGUAAAUGUAAAAAAAAGCUCCCACCCCAAAUGUAAAUUUUCUUCUUUAUAUCCUAUUUCUUCUUUAUAUCCUUCU